CAGCUAGUUUGUAUCCGACGACCACCACAAGCUCGUACUCCAAGUUGUCCACUUGUCCGCUCGCCGAUGGCGGGUCAUCCAGCGAACGUGCUAAACAUGUCUAGCAGGUCGUCACUUGACAAUGUUGCAGAAGACACACGCGUCCUGCCUGCAAGUGGCUUCUUCUCUGGCGAGAAGUUCACCUACUACUUGCAGCUCUACGAGAGGUGUUGUCGCGUCAAUACAUUCCGCCUCGAGUUCGAAGAGGUUCACCACGAAGCAUACGUGCGCUUCGCUUCUCGCAGCGCUGAAGAGGUCCGGUUGGGCCUCCUCGCACGGAGGCCAGACGACAUGCUUGAAUGGGGAAUGCGUAUUUGUGCAGAUGCCCUCAGCGAUCCUGAUGAUGCCGACAAAUUGCGGACACAUCUCCUCAGGGCGCUCUCGCUGUGGGCGUGCAUCGCCAAUCCCCGCCCAUUCGAUCCUCCUCUCUCUGAGCCUCCGAGCCUCCGCACCAAGGCAAUCGCAUACUGUCUCCAAGCCUUCGUCUGCUACGAUCAUGUACCACGCGCCUUCACUGCCAACGCCUCCGCCGCGCUCGGGUUCGUUACAACCACCGUUGUCCUCGUCGCGGAGUUUGUCGCGGAGCGGUGCGCGCCAUGUGGAGGGCCACCGCUCAGGAAGCUUCCGCAGUUCGCAGUUCUCUCGGACCUCUGCCGUGCGCACGUGCAAAGGGAGGAGGCGGUGUAUAGGAUGCAUCUGGCAAGGCAACACAAGGUCGCGAAGGCGCCGAACGCGUACCAGUGUGCUGCAGAGGGCUGCGGGAUCCAAGGGACAAGGAAGGCGGCGCUGAUGAGGUGCUCUGGGAAGUGUGAGGGCUUGAAUAAGCCGCACUAUUGUAGCAAGGAGUGCCAGAGGAAGGAUUGGCAACAUCACAAAUCUGCGUGCAAGAAGGGCACUCCAAUCGUACCGAGGAACUAUCCCUUACCACCGGAUCCGCGCAAGGAGCGCAUGUUAACGCUGCCCAUUCCGGGACGGCCGGGUAGAUGGCUUGCAGAUAUGAUCUUGCGGCAUGGCGCCGCCCGGUUGGGAAGGCUUCCUGAGUGAUUGUCAGACAUGUGCAGAAACGGUGUAGGUUGUAACUAUACAUGCUACGUACAUCAAACAAGGUGUGCCACACGUAUAGAUUGUGCAUAUCCCAGUGC